CGGGGGCAGGAAGAGGGAGGGAGGAGGAGGGAGGACGUCCCACUGGAAAUGUCUCCUGUGUGAACUGGUGAGGCAGUUAGAUCGUCCCGGGUCCCAACACACAGCCGACUUCUCUCCUGGUAUCCCUGCUCUGCCAAGCCAAAAGACUUUGAAGAUGAGGGUGUGGAUCAUCUUCGUCCUGUGCCUGGCCGGACACGCCAUGGCAGCUCCCACUGAGGAGGAGCCAGUGACCGAGGAGCCAGUUUACGAGGCUGAGGAGGAGCUGGUGACCGACGACGCGGUGUUUGAGGAGCCCGAGGUCGGCGUCAACCCCGUGCAGGUGGAGGUCGGAGAGUUCGACGAGGCCAUCGAGGUGGUCGAGGAAGAAGAGGUCGUUGAGAAUCCCUGCCUGAACCACCACUGCAAGAAGGGCAAAGUGUGUGAGGUCGACGAGGACAACACCCCCAUGUGUGUUUGCCAGGAUCCCACCAGCUGCGCCGCCGCCGAGGGCGAGUUCGAGCACGUUUGCGGCACCGACAACAAGACCUACGACACCUCCUGCCACUUCUUCGCCACCAAGUGCGCCCUGGAGGGAACCAAGAAGGGCCACAAGCUGCACCUCGACUACAUCGGACCCUGCAAAUACAUCGAGCCCUGCCUGGACACCGAGCUCAGCGAGUUCCCCAUGCGCAUGCGGGACUGGCUGAAGAACGUCCUGGUGACUCUGUACGAGCGCGACGAGGACAACAACCUGCUGACGGAGAAGCAGAAGCUCAGGGUGAAGAAGAUCUACGAGAACGAGAAGAGGCUGCAGGCCGGCGAACACUCUCUGGACCUGCUGGCUCACGACUUCGAGAAGAACUACAACAUGUACAUCUUCCCCGUCCACUGGCAGUUCGGACAGCUCGACCAGCACCCCGUCGACGGAUACCUGACCCACACGGAGCUGGCCCCACUGCGAGCCCCCCUCAUCCCCAUGGAGCACUGCACCACCCGCUUCUUCGAGGAGUGCGACGCCGACAGCGACAAAUACAUCGCCCUGGAGGAGUGGGCCUCCUGCUUCGGCCUCAAGCUGCAGGACGUGGACAAAGACCUCGUCAUCUGAGUCGCUCCGAACGGGACACGGUGCUGAUCCCCAAGUUAAAGAAACAUCACAGUAACGGUGCUAAUUGCAAAUUAUUUUGUUCGUGGGUUUUUCUUCAAAUAAUGACUUUUCCUACCUAUACCACUAAAAAAAACAAAAAAAAUGUUAGAAAAGAGAAACGUGCACAGUCUGUACUAACCGUCAUGCGACGCUGAAUUCUCCUGUUGAACAAAACACCCGGUAAAGGAACUAAUGAUGUAAAUGUAUGUUGUUGACGAUAUCAUAUUGAUUUGUUCAGGGCUUUUUUUAAAACACGGAGAACAAUUUGAAACAUUAUUUGAGGUGACGAAAAAAACUGUAAAGUCCAAAAUAAAGUUUCUAAAUAAAUGCUCCCUCUGCUUGCUUCCUGCCAAACCAACAUUUAGUUUCUUCUCUCUUUUGGUGGUGGACUCGUUUUUUUUCUGUUUUUUUUAACUGUCAUCGUGUGUGUUUUGGUUUUUCAAGGAAUCUUUUGACUACUGCUUUGAGACGCGGACACGCGUGUACUGAUAUUUUGACGCCAAUAAAGAAAACCACAAAUGUU